AUGCAAUAUGAGAAGGUCCCCGACGUCGAGAGCUCUUCAGAGUCCCUCUUGCACUCCAUCUCUACACCCAACCGCUCCGAACAGCACCGAUGCAUUCGACGAGAACCAAAGUAUACAAGAGCUUGGAGAUUGAUGCGUGAUGAGUGGCCUAGGCCAGCGAGAAUUGUCCUCGCCAUCAAUGCAGCUUUCAGCGUCCUACUUUUGUGCCUGUAUCUCCACGCAUUAUGGAGGAUACACUCUUCCCCGUUCUAUCGAGCACCGAAACCUCCAUACUCGCCCCUUCUCGAAGACGGCGCCAUCGAGUACGAAAAUAAGCGCUUCCAUCCCGAUCGCAUUUUUCAAGAGGACCCCUCCCCCUCCGUCGACAAAGCGUGGGAAUCCAUCCUCGGUCCAAGCGACGGCAUAGUACGCCUCCCCCUCGUAACCUCCCAAAAACUAAGCUACCCUUCCUCCGAGAUCUACUACGCGCCGGGUUCCUACAUCUACGGCGUCUCCAUGUUCCACCAGCUUCACUGCCUCGACCUCAUCCGGCGCUCCUUUUGGCGAGGGCAUUACUUCCCCAACACCUCGGACGCGGAAUACCACGACCACCGGGCGCACUGUCUCGAUUUUCUGAGACAGGCGAUAAUGUGUAAUGGGGAUGUACAAAUGACGUAUUGGUGGAACAAGACUUAUACGUAUGUUGAUGAGGAUACAAAAGAGGAGAGGUACACGGAGGAGUAUUUGCGGAUGGAUAAGAAGGAGAGGGCGUAUGGGACUACGUUGUUGUGGGAUGUAGAACAUCAGUGUAGAAGCUUUGAAAGGAUACAGGACUGGACGAGGAAGUAUCAGUUGAGGGAUGAGGAGUAUUGGAGGGAGGCACCGAAUUUCAGAAAGGCGGAGGAGUAG